AUGAGUUCAUCUAGCGAAGCCAGUCCCGGUAACUGGAUCGUUGGCAGCUAUACCGGUAACAGCGAUGGAGUGCGCAUCACAAUUGCGACCUUUGUGGGCGUCGCAUGGUAUAAUGUGAUCGAGCUGAUCGUGCUCAUUUUCUUGACCUUCAAACGCUAUCACGGCCCUUACUUUUGGAGUAUGCUUAUCUCCUCGAUUGGUAUCCUCCCAUACUCAGUCGGCUAUUUGAUUAAGUUUUUCGACCUCACCUCAGCCACAUGGGUACCCGUCACACUAUUGACCGCGGGCUGGUGGACCAUGGUCACGGGCCAGUCCUUUGUGCUAUACUCGCGUCUGCACUUGGUGCAAGAGAAUAAGCGCAUUCUGCGAAUGGUCAAGGGAAUGAUUAUCAUGAAUAUCUUUUUGCUGCACAUCCCGACUACGGUUCUCACCUACGCUGCAAACUUUUCCGAAUCCCCCGCUUCUGUGGCGGGGUACGAUAUUAUGGAGAAAAUUCAGCUCACGGGGUUCUGUGUCCAGGAGGUUAUUAUCUCCAGCUUUUAUAUGUGGGAGACCAAUCGCAUGUUGCAUGAUAAUUCUGAUCCUGGGAGUCGCAAGACUAUCUUGCAGUUGCUUGCUGUCAAUGUUUCUUGUAUCUUGAUGGAUAUCGCGCUGAUGGUCAUCGAGUUCAUGAACUUUUAUAUCUACCAGACCACUUUGAAGGCGACGCUUUACAGCAUCAAGUUGAAGCUGGAAAUUGCUGUUUUGGGUAAAUUGGUGAAGAUCGCCCAUCAGAAUGUCUAUGCGUCACCUUUCAAUGCAGGUCAUGGUCAUUAUCCUUCUUACGUUGAUCCUGCCCUUCGCAAUGGUGACUACAGACACCCGCAGUCUAUGGAGGCAAGUCAGGGAUCAAAGGGUCGCGAAACUGGACAUGGGGCACUUUAUUACGAUGAUGAUGUUCGAUGA